AGACACACUCAACCAGGGGUUUUGCUAGGGUUCUCAUCCUGCCGCCACAGCGAUGGCCGCUGCCGCCGCCGGCGAGGACGACGCGGCGUGGGAGCGCGCCAUCUCCGCCGCCACCAAGUCCACCUCGGCGCCCAAGACCCUCACCCUCGACGGCGCCGUCAAGUCCUCCACGGGCGGCCUCCCCUCCGCCGCGCUCCUCGAGCGCUUCGCCGCCUCCCUCGAGGAGCUCUCCGUCGCGGGGGCGCGCCUCUCCUCGCUCGCGGGCCUGCCCCGCCUCCCGGCGCUCCGGCGCCUCUCCCUCCCCGACAACCGCCUCUCGGGGGCCGCCGCCCUCGCCGCCGUCGCCGAGGCAUGCGGCGCCACGCUGCGCCACCUCGACCUAGGGAACAACCGGUUCGCGGAGGUCCAGGAGCUCGCGCCACUCGCCGGGGUCCGGGUCGAGUCGCUCGACCUGUUCCAGUGCCCCGUCACCAAGGUCAAGGGGUACAGGGAUGAGGUCUUCGCGCUGAUUCCCAGCCUCAAGUACCUCGAUGGCGCUGACGCUGAGGGCAACGAGCGUUUGGAGACGGAUGACGACGACGACGAGGAGGAGGACGACGAGGAGGGAGAAGAAGGGCCGGAGGGAGAGGAGGAGGGCGAUGAGGAUGAUGGAGAGGAAGAAGAUGAUGAGGACGGUGAAGGGGACGACGAAGAAGAAGGUGAUGAGGAGGCUGAGGACGAAGACGGCGAAGCUGAGGAUGACGAGCUUGACGCAGACGCAGAAGACAAGGAGAACAUCGAAAGCAAGGCAGGAUCUUCCCUGCCAAAUAAGAGGAAAAGGAAUAACGAGGAUGAUGCCAAUGGAUACAAGUAAAACGGUGAGGGAAAGUAGUAUUUUCCUGAACUUCGGAAACGUUCCUGUGCACUGAUUAUUAUUUGUAUGCUUUUCGAGUCUUUUUUUUCCCGCACUUGUAAUAGACUAGAGCAUAGUUUUUUUUAGGCGGUUCCACUUCUGAAGUAUCGUUUGGAUUCUGGAAGUUGUCUGACUCUGAAACCAUGAGUAGGAUGUGUCCCCAGC